AUGGCCGGCAAGAUGGCGAGAUGCCGGAAAGUCCAGAAUGGGUUGCUUUCGAUGUGUACUACCUCCCUUGUUCUAAAUCUGAAUUUGAUAGACGAUAUUCUAAUGGUGAAUAGAGAAAUGUCGUACGGCAUCAUGGGAUCCGAACGCAACUCUCAUAUCCUGAUAUACCAAACCACGAAACAGACAGGCUGCCUAUACUUCGACGGCGAGUCUGCCACUUUAUUUGGUUCCGGAAUGAUGGAUACACAGAUGCUGUUCAUUUAUGGUAAUGUGACCGGACCGCAUGUGGACGAUGGUCGUCGAUUUAGAGGUCUUGAAGAUGAGUAUAAUCGUGCAUCGGGAUUAUGUCAAUGGGUUCAAGACAAGGGUCUUGGUGGUCUGGGCUGGGGUGUCGAGGGUAUUGUGAGGAUGAAUGCGGGGUUUGAGAUGAUUUGGUGUAAUUUUACGAGUCCGUCGGUGAGAUUGUUGACGAAGACUAAUGUUACGGCGCCGUUGUUGCGGGAGGUGGAUGAUGAUGCCGUUUCAGAAGACCAGGGACAUGAUUCAAACGCCGAAAAUUUUGUGGAUAGAGCAUUCACUCCGGAGUACACCAACACAUCUCCUGGUUACUAUCCGCUACCGACAGACACCUCUCCGCCUGACCGUUCUAAAGAACCAGGCCAGCCUCCUAUGCCACCAAGUUGGAGGUCAAGUGGCCAAGAACCAUUCCUUGCUAGUCAGACAUGGGGCUGGUUUGAGAGUGCGACCUGGCAUUACGGCUCUACCGGAAGAGGUGCUGGACGAGGCGAAACACGCGUGAAGCCACUGACGUGUGGCUUUCUAACUUUUUAUGACCCUAUAUACCAUGAACAACAGAUAGAACGAGCGAUCAUAGAACGCAAGAAGCUGAAUCUUACAACGAAUGGACAUUGGGUGGGCUCAGACACGCCAAACGACCGAAAAGCCGCGCUGCAACAGUUGGCAAGGCGUAAACGAUAUCAUUCUUUACAAAAUAUUAGUGAAACCGAUGCGCUCGUGAUGAACGAUGCUGCAGAGCGAGUGUUGAAGAGCUUGAAUUUCAACAACUUGGAGACAUCAGGAGUCGGUUUCUCCGCUACCAAAAAUUGCACAGGAAUCGACUGGACGUCGGUAACCAACGACAUUGUACAACGAUAUGCACCUCGUCUCCAACAACUAAGCACGAUUUUUGAUAGACGAUCAAAUAUAGACAUGAAAAACUCGACAGCGGUGAAAAGGUGGUUUAUGGGCUUGAGACAACAUACCCAUUUCUUGCUGAUGCCUUAUUUCGAGUACCCUACCGAGUCCGCUGACCAGGACGAACUGUCGAUAUUGCAGCAUCAAACCCUUUCCAAGUGCCAAUAUCAGUAUACCAGGCUUCUAGCGCCUGAUUUCAAUACUGUCCCUCUAACCCCGGAAGAAUCAAUAAUAAUGUCCUCUGUCGAAGAAACGCUGGGAAACAUUUGCCUCUGGAUCGUCAACGUCGGCCUUGCAGUAGAAAGGGAAUGGCAUGACCAAUUCGACGGCCAUCCGUCUUCUCCUUCAAUCACCACCGCUCCUGCCUCUCUGUACAACCGGAUUAAUUCAUGGCAAACCGGUCUUGAAGAACUCAUGGCCUGGCUCGGAUGGGUCGACCAAUGGACUUACUGCAAAGACGGAUGCGCGCAAGACGAAGUAUGCUUUAUUCCCAUGUGGCCAAUGGAUAAUAUCGAUCAACCGGGGCGUCGAAUCUGGCCCGGUCCUGGCGGUGGCGGACCAAAGUAUGGUUACGGCUACGGUCGACCUGGCAGGAAAUAUCCCGUUAAUGGUGACAAGAACGACAUCCCCGAAGGACUUCCAGGGAAACAUCCCAAGGGGCCUCCGAAUUGGUCCAUGAAUGAAGAGUCAUUAUGGGAACCGAAAUGCAUAAAAACCGAAUAUGCUAUGUGGUAUGAGAUUAUCAACAAUUAA